GACGGGACUUUUAUUUUGCUCUGGUGGCAUGACGUCAUAAGGCUGCGCCGCUCUCCUGCGUCCGUCUUUCAUCUGAAGAAAGGACAAAGUGUUCAAACACAGAAAAACUCCCGCUGAAGAGACUGAGAUCCAAGUGACUGUUUAUUAUAAAGAUGGAGUUUAUUAAAGAGGAGAGUGAAGACAUGAAGACCAAAGAAACAUUCAGAGACAAACAUGAAGAUAUUGAGGAACAAACAGACCUAAUGGCACUGAAAGAGAGUGAAGUACUGAAUGAAAUUGAAGAGAAAGAUCAUGAUUCCAUAAAUGGAGAAACAUCUUUGAGGUUUUCACAGACUAAAAAGACUUCCUCAAGAAAAAGGACUCAAAAGACAGGAAGAAGUUAUUUCACUUGCCAACAGUAUGGAAAGGGUUUCAGUCAAACAGAAAGUAUUAAAAGACAAAUGAGUAUUCAAACAGGAGAGAAGCUAUACACGUGCCAACAGUGUGGAAGGAGUUUUACUCAAUUUAGACACCUUGGAGUCCACAUGAGAGUUCACACAGGAGAGAAACCUUAUACCUGUCAACAGUGUGGAAAGCAUUUCAGUCAUAGAGUAAGUCUUAAAAGACACAUUAGAAUUCACACUGGAGAGAAGCCAUACACAUGCCAGCAGUGUGGAAGGAGUUUCACUCAACCUGGUCAACUUGGAGCCCACAUGAGUGUUCACACUGGAGAGAAACCUUACAAAUGCAAACAAUGUGGAAGAAGUUUCAACCGGAAAGGAAAUCUUAAUUGCCAUAUGAGAAUUCAUACUGGAGAGCAGCCUUACACACAUGAUCAGUGUGGAAAGAGUUUUGAUCAACAUGACAUCCUUGAAGUCCACAUGAGAACUCGGAGAGAGAAACCCUACAUGUGCCCCGAGUGUGGAAAGUGGUUUAAUCAUAAACAACGUUUUGAAGACCACAUAAGAAUUCACACUGGAGAGAAGCCUUUCACCUGCCAAGAAUGUGGAAAAUGUUUCCGCCAAAAAGGAAACCUUAACAGGCACAUGACAGUUCACACUGGAGAGAAGCCGUUUAUAUGUUGUCACUGCGGAAAGAGUUACAGAUAUACAGCAGGACUCAAGUACCACAUGAGGUUUCACAUAUGAGUGAACUGUAUUUUUACUAGAGCUCAACAGAUAUGGGUUUUUUGUGGCCAAUGCUGAUAAUAAGGAGUAAAAAAGACCGAUAUAUCGGCCGAUAUUCUUUGUGUAUGCUAUAAUUUAUUACAGUAUUGUCAAAAGUUUGGAUACAUUUCCCAUUCAUGUGUCCAAACUUUUGACCGGUACUGUAUAUAGAAUACGGUGUAUAUAUAGAGCCUACAUUAACAUUAUAUAUACAAAGAAUGUUUGCAAUGAUAACAAAUGUGGUGAUAAAAAGCAAACAAAGAUCUAUGUAAUGCAGGAAGGAUAUUUAACAAACUUUAUUAUUCAAAAUGAGUCUGACAUCAGUGCACUUAACAGUAAACUUCACUUAUUAUUAACAACUAAAUUCAAGUUAUAUAUAUAUUGUUGUUAUUUAAGAAACUAAACAAGGUAACGGUGUAAGGCAAGCUAGCUAUUGCCAAACCAACAGAUAUAGGUUUAUGCAGGAAGCACAGCUUUUAUAAAUGUAAGCAUAUAAAAUUAAUAAAUAUUGAUUAAUAAUAAUAUUUUAACAAACUCUGUAUUGUGAAUUUUUUGGUAAUCAGAUGAACAUGCAGAACAUUCACUUUUAAAAUUUUCAUUUUGUGGUUUAAUAUUCUCAGACACUGUGUCUGUCUGCGCUGACCUGUUUUUUUAAUUAUUUUUUUAUUUAUUGAUCAAAAACAAGACAAAUUCCAUGUUAUAUUGGUUGGGCUCAAAUUUUUACGUUAUCAGUGUGACAUGAGUCACGUAAUAACACCAGAGAGAAGCCUUGCUGUGCCAUCACUGAGCAGAAACGAAACAAACACCACUGAUAUAAUUCAAUAUAGCUGAGCAGCAGAUUUGGUUGGUCGGAUCAUAAAUAGCAUGUCAAUUGUUUCACAUCUGACCCCAUUUUUGGAUGUUCUAUUUACUACUUAUUUUAUGCUGUAAAGCCCAUUGGUCAGCUGCUGCUAAUGUAAAUGGUACUAUGAAAAUAAAACUUGAUCUAGAAACCUAAAUGCAUGAGAUCGUUCAGAUCUUUCAUUCAAAUAAAUAAAAUAUGCUUGUUACUUA